AUGGAACUCAUCGAGGUCAUGGAUACUGAACAAGCACCUCGCCCCUUCCAAUGUACUUGGGAGGCCUGUGGCAAGAGCUUUAACAGAAAAUCGGACCUGCAGAGGCAUUUCAGGAUACACACGAACGAGCGGCCUUACGCCUGCACCCAACACGGUUGUGGAAAGGCCUUCAUCCAGCGUAGUGCCCUGACCGUCCACAUUCGCACGCACACGGGAGAAAAGCCACAUGCCUGCCAGUAUAGUGGAUGCGGAAAGCGGUUUUCAGAUUCUUCUAGUUUGGCCCGGCACCGCCGGAUUCACUCAGGGAAGAGACCGUACAUGUGCGGUCACCAUGGCUGUGUAAAGACAUUCUGCAGGAAGACGACCAUGGUCAAGCACCAACGCCGAUCCCAUCAGCCAGGCGCUCUAGUCGACGACGCUACUAGCGAAUCCGGAGGAGAUGACUCGCCGUCGACGCCAAGGGCGCAUCACGCCAACAUAUGGGGCCAACAACCACACGGACAGAUGAUGAUGCACAACGGAAUGGGAAUGCAGCGACCAAUGCCGGGACAAUACAUGCAACCCCCAUACGAACAUCGUCACAGUCUCUCUUCCAACGGACCCGAGUAUCCCAACAACAUGCACUCGGAGCAUGCUAUGAUGCGCCGCAUGUCGAAUGCCCCCAUGCCCCAACAGUACUUCGUGGAAGCACACAACCCAGCCGUCGCAACUAUGAACGCCAGCCAGUUCCAAAGCGUACCGCGACAACACAGCAACCCUUACACAGAACCUGGCCUGACCGCCUCGUUGAAUAGCAGUCCGAGCACAUUCUCUUCGGCAUCUGUGCGGAGUCCCGUCGGCGACAGCGGCUUUAAUAACUACGCCCUUCACUCGACGCAAGCCGCGACGCACGCCCUCCAGGGUGCCGAGCACCAGCAUGCCGCCAUGGGACAGUUCCAGCAUCCAGCCACGACACAGGCAAUGAUGCCGAACCAGCCGAUGAUGACAAUUCCCAUGCACAACCAACACUCUCAACAGCAACACCCGCAAUCCCCGGGAGCUCAAGGCGUGUACCACCAGCAGCUUGCUGCUUCGGCGCCGGACAAUUCACAGGCCAUGUAUGCCGCCGGACUUCCUGCCUACCAGGACCCCGUCAGUGCUGGGCAUGUGCCUGCGUCCUAUGGAUGGGGCAUUUCUGAUGUCAAAUUUGAGGACCCGUCUGGAUUGGGCAUGGGCAUGCCUUCUGACAGAAUCGCACAAAUGGGUUAG